GUAGUUGGCCAUGGAGCAGCUCCCGACCGAGCUCCUGCACACGAUAGCGUUUGAGACAGGAGUACUUUCCCACAAAGACGUACUUGCGCUUGCAUGUACAUGUACUCAUGUACAUACCAGCCUCCUAGGCGACACAUACGCCCGCGACCGGAGCCAUGCUCUUGCUGGCCUUGACUGGUGUCUUGCUCGCUCGCAAUGGUCUGCCGCACUUCGCGCCCUUUUUCAGCCACAUUAUCAUGACCAUGGUGAUGAUCAUGGCAACAAACACGACCACGACCGCGACUACCGCAACGAUAACAACGAUGACAACGACAACCAUCCCGACCACGACAGCGACUCCAACAACGGCAACGAUGAUCACCACAGCAACAACUACCACCGCAUCAAUCUUAAUGAUCAUAACUACCGUGACCAACGGCACAACCAAGGCCAGCCCCGCAACCGCUUGUUUGCCGCCUCCCGCCCACUCUGCUCGUGUUGGAAUUGGAACGAGGAGCACCGCCUUCGGAUCGCAUUUGAGAACGGCGCUGCAAGUUGCUCCGAGGACUGGCUCCGCCUGGUGCGGCGAUUGGCGGCUUGCUCUGUGGCGGCAACGCUUCGUGAUGAUGAUUGUGCGCCUGUUCCGGUCUUUGUCUGGGCCGCCGCGUAUGGUGCUAGCCCGGCGAUCAUGGUGCUGGCGCGGGAUGCGGCCGAGGCGGGCAGACCGCUGGGGAGCGCCGUCGUGGCCGAGGCGCUGGAGGCUGCGAUCCGAGUUGGUCACGCGGGCGCCACAGCGGCAGUCCUUGCAGCCUGUCCGUCGGCUGAUGCUUGUGCGAGAAACUCGCGACUUGUUUGCCUCGCGGCGUCGCACGGGUCGGCAGAAGUUGUCAACGUGCUGGUUGGCUGCGGCGGUGCCGAUCCCGCGGCGCACAGCUCGCAAGCGCUCCGUAUUGCCGCGGUCAAUGGGCAUCUUGCUGUCGUCCGCCUCUUGCUCGAUUGCCCCAGAGUUGAUCCUUCUGCCGGCGGCUACGAAGCGCUGCGGUUGGCGGCCAAGCGCGGGCAUGUUGGCGUGGUGGACGUUCUGGCGGGCACCGGGAGGACCGACGGCCCGGCGCUGUCCUCGGCAUUGUGCGCCGGGGCCAGCGCUGGCCACCUUGCUGUUGUGGCACGCCUCCUCGAGUGCGAGCACAUUGAUGUCAGCGCCGCCGAGUAUCGCGCGGUGUGUGAGGCUGCAUGGCACGGCCACCACGACAUUGUGCUCGCCCUCAUCUCUGCGCCUUCUGCCAACCCCGUCUCUGCACGGGCCAAGGCGCUCAAACUCGCCGCCGCGCGCGGCCACUCGUCCAUCGUCUCCCUCCUCAACCGUCACGGCUCCCCACUCUUUGCUUGCUGCAAGCUCCCUCCUGGCGGCCUUCCCUGGCUAGCCAAGCCCCGAUCUCAUCUUGAUCACACUCCGUCACCGUAGCCUUCCCGUAGCUGUACGUCAGCCACCACCCAGAUCGGCUGACCGACCGACCGAUCAACCGACCAACGUGACCAACAUGACACAAAGAAACAGUAAGAUGCCGGA